AUGUCGUCUUCAGCGUCGUCGAUAUAUGACGUUCACUAUGCCAAGAUCCAGCAAUGGUCCACCAUGCUUGAAACGCGAUUCAAAAUCACAUUAAAUGAAGUAAUUUUCCUUGCUUCGUUUCUACUAAAUUUCCUCUUGUCGAGAUUGAUCCAUUUCGGGGCCCCCGAGGAAGAAGUUUACAACUACUACAACGACAAGGGCAACUUUAUCAAUCAGUUUUUCGUGAAGCGGGGAUGGGGGUGGACUACGCUUGUCAUUUUGGUUUUCUACGUUGCUCAUGUCGUGCCCAAAUUAUACUCCACCACAAGGCAUACGAAUGGCAAACUGACACAGGAGGAUGAACCUGAAGAGCGCAACACGAUGGUUUUGCUCAAGGGUGCAUUGCGGUAUGUCCUCGUCACCGCAUGGUGGUAUUUGUUCACCCAAUGGUGUUUCGGAUUGCCGAUAAUGGAUAAAGUGUUUGUGUUCACUGGUGGCGUAUGCACGUUGGAGCAAGCUACGCCACAAGAAGCUCAUCGUCAUCACAGCUAUCAUGCUAGCAUUGCGCGUCAUUUCAUCCAGGAUUUGGAGGAUUCAGUCUGGAAAAGCUCGAGUGUCUCUUCGUACCAUUGUCGUAAGAUCAAGGGCAAUUGGAUCGGUGGGCAUGAUCCACUGGGCCACGUGUUUUUAUUGAUCCAUGCUUCGUUGUAUUUGUUCUUGGAACUGGCUCCUUAUUUCAACUGGAGCCUGAUUUUGGCUGCUUUGAAGCGGAAGCCGAGAAAGGAGAAGUUGGAUGACGAUGUUGUUGUGGUGGUGGAGGAUAAAGUUGAAGUUGCGUCGCAGUUGUGUGUCGUGGGGCUCAUUUCCAUGUGGUGGUUCAUGCUCUUGAUGACUAAUAUCUAUUUCCAUAGCAUUGGCGAAAAGUUGGUGGGGUUGGUGUUUGGAUAUCUUGGUAUUGGUGUGAUUUAUUUUGUGCCGAGAUGGAUCAGCAUACCUGGACUUUAG